AUGAUUUAUUACCGAACGGAGUCGUGGUACACGCAGAUUGCUCGAUGGCAUGGAACUGUUUGGGGGGAGGUGAAGGUGAAAGCAAUUCUCGUGCUGAUUUACACCUCCUCCGCAUACUGGCUGUGUGUAAAAGAAGGACACAACCUCGGCAGGUCGAGGAAGAACAUUCUGGGCUCCACCAUCUCAUUCUUGCUGAUCUUCCGAGCCAACAACGGCUACAAACGCUACAUGAAGGGGCGUGCAGCUUGCAUUCGCUUCUUCACAGUGCUGCGGGAGAUCAUCUGCACAUAUCUCGUGUUCCUGGCUGGCGGCACACGCAACAGAAGGCUCCGUUGGCGCCGAGUUGGCCCCAGCGCCCACCCGGUCACACAGGGGGACGUCGAGAUGGACAUCGACGACAGGAUUGCAAGCGAGGAGAGAAUGGAGGCUGUUCGCUGGUGCCUUGUUAUGGCCAUCGCUUUCCAGAUGCACACACGCCUUCUUGACCAAGGCCUCAACAAAGGAGGACUGACAGAGGAAACCAAGUGCAGAGUGGACUGGGACAGGUACCGGAUAAGGGGUCUGACGAAUGAGAGCGAGUUCCGCAGCUUGGAUAGGAUUGUACGGGCUGUCGCCGAUCCGCAGACCAGUUGGGCAUCACCGCAGUAUCCCGACCUUCCAGAGGUGGAGGAGCUCUUCGGACCAAAUGGAAGCCAGUUCGAGGAGUCGGCUGGCGACAUUACGAUCAACCGUGUUCCGUAUGUUCGCUUAUGCACGUACCUCGUGUACAAGCUGAACGAGGUCGGCUACAGAAACAUGAACGAUCCACGUAUGCAGGACAAAAGGUGGGGAAUGGGCGAGCGCUUUGUGCCGCUGUUGACCGCCCAGACGAUGUCGCUCUCUUACUCGUAUUCCGAGGUCAACCAGAUCAUCUGUACUCCUCUUCCUUUCCCCUACAAUCAUCUUUGCAAGUUACUCCUGUUUUUGUUUUUCCUUUCAUUUCCCUUCUACAUCGACAAGGAGCUCGGCCUGUGGAUCAACGUGGUGGAAAACACCUUUCUUGCCAUAGCUCUGCUGGGCUUGGACUGCAUCGCAACUGAGCUGGAAAAUCCUUUUGGUGAAGAUGCAAACGAUCUGAACAUGUAUGACCGAAUUGCCACGCUGGAGCAGGAGGUCAUGCUCUUCGUGGAACUCUGCGGCGAUGAUGCCUGCCUGCAAAACUUCAUCUGGCAGGACUUUCCUUCUGAGAUUCAUGACGGGAUGCCGCCGGUGACACAAUUUUUGGCCUUGCGUUCACAGGUCGAGAGCCGCGGAAAGGAGUCCGAGGUCGUUUGGGGCGGCUCCUGCUCCAGGGCGCAUAUCUACGAGGGAAUGCGUGACCUGGCCGAGGAGGAUGAGGAAGCUGAUGCAAACUUCUCGGAUGACUCCUAG